AAACGACACGGAACCGCAGCGGCGUCGUGCGCGUGCAUUUCCUGCGCGUUCACUGCUGCCGUUCACUGUACACGACGCUCCGUCGGCCGUGUGAGAGCGCUGCUGCUGCCACAGCCGUUCCCGUUGACGACGACGCCACCACCGCCACGUUGUGGACGAAGGACGGCCACACGGAUGGAUAUCCGCGGUGGACGCGAUAGGCGGCCGGGCGACAGGCGUCCGCACAGGGGCCCUCGGGCACCUAGGCGGCCGCAGUGGUCGCCCGACCAACAGCAACGUGUAGUGGUCGGCGCUGAAACGGCGGCCGGUUCAACGGCCACGGCCUCCACCGCCGGCCCUUGCAAACCGCCGCCGCCGCCACCUCCCCGACUGCUACCUUCACCCAGAAUGCCACUGUCACAGCCCCCGCCGCCCCGAUUGCUACGGCCACAGACUCCACCGACGCCGAGACCGCCAGCAACGGAACAGCCACAGCCGUCGACGCCGAGGUUACCGCUGCCGAUUGGACCACAGCCGCAACAGGAAUGCCGGAUACGGGAAUCCGGUGACGGAGUGGAAGACUGCGGAGCGACUGCCGGAGGAAGCGGCGUGGCCGACGACACAGAACUGCUGGCCAAGCUCCGGUGUCCCAGCGAGAGCGCCGAGGUGGUCGCCGAACGGGAGAAGCGACGGCAGCGACGUCGGUGCCCCGACUAUCCCGGACUAGCGCUUUCCAGUUCCGUGUUCAGCACGGAAACGGGCAUGAAGUUCAGCAUCAUCAGGAACGAACUGCACAACGUGCUCAAGCCGCAACUGCGACGGGCUGAAAGUGAAGUUGCUGCACUUAACAGGCGUAUCCAAUUGCUGGAAGAGGACCUUGAAAGGUCUGAAGAGCGCUUGGCCACGGCCACUGCUAAGUUGGCCGAGGCAUCUCAAGCUGCUGAUGAGUCUGAACGUGCACGUAAGGUGUUGGAAAACCGCAGUUUGGCCGAUGAAGAACGUAUGGAUGCCUUGGAGAAUCAGCUAAAGGAAGCCCGCUUCUUGGCUGAAGAAGCUGAUAAGAAAUAUGAUGAGGUAGCGCGUAAGCUGGCCAUGGUUGAAGCCGACUUGGAAAGAGCCGAAGAACGUGCCGAAUCAGGCGAAUCAAAGAUCGUUGAAUUGGAAGAAGAAUUACGUGUUGUUGGCAACAACUUGAAAUCCCUCGAGGUUUCGGAAGAAAAGGCAAAUCAACGCGAAGAAGAAUAUAAGAACCAAAUUAAGACUUUGACCAACCGUUUGAAGGAGGCUGAGGCACGCGCUGAAUUCGCCGAGAGAUCAGUGCAGAAAUUGCAGAAGGAAGUCGACAGGCUCGAAGACGACUUAACUGGCGAAAAGGAAAAGAACAAACAUCUGCAAGAGGAAAUGGAGGCCACCCUGCACGACAUUCAAAACAUGUAAAAUAACAUACCAUCCCGCGUUUUCCUUCCCCGUUCCUUCUUAGCAAAUUUCCUACUCCUUAUUAAAAAUUAUCUAAUAUUAUUAUUUAAUUUUUUAAACAAUUUUUUUUAUACUUUUACACUCGUUAUAUUUAUGUUUUGUUUAACAUUUCCGCACUCCAUACUAACUUCGUUAUUGCACAGAUGAGUUGGUCGCCGAAAAGGAGAGAUUCAGAGACAUUGGCGACAGCUUGGACCUUGCGUUUGUCGACUUGUAUGGCAUCUAAACACAAAAAAUACACAUACACAUACACACAAACACACAACACACACAGACCUCCUCUCCCGACACACACGAUUCCACUAAAUUUUAUCCAUUUCCGUCGUCUUUGUCUCCGACCACACUCCUGCAGCUCUACCGAUUACCACACACUACAUUCCCUUAAUAUACAAAACACAGAACGAAACAAUAAAAUAUCAUUUUAAUAAUACAGUGCUACUAACACCGUGUCCACGCGUUAAACUUUUCGACACAAAACUUGUAACUUUAGUGUAUUUUAGUAAAUUACCUAAAUUUUAUUUUUAUUUAUUUAUUUUAUUUUUUUUUUGUUUUGCAAUGUAUUGUAUUUCAUAGCUUACUGAUUUUACGAUAUUAUUUCGGCUUUGUUUUUACGCUUGUAGAAAAUUGUACGGAACGCCGUAGGUGUGACCUUUGACUACCCCGAAGUGAAUAAUUAAAAAAAAAUAUUGUAACUAUUAUAUCUAUGAUACCUUUUUUCUCCACCUGAGAGAAAUCGUAUAAUGUCUUUUGACACUUUGUACCGGCCGUGGCGUCGCGUGUACCUAAAAUGUUUUUUUGUUCUUCGGAAAACACGUCUGUUGAAUAUAAUUAAUUUUUAUCCAAACGUUAUUAUUAUUUAUAUAUACGCUUAGUUUUUAUUUAUAUAACAUUUAAAAAAAAAACCAUAACCUAACUUUUGUCUAACUGUAUAUGUCUAUUAAAAAAAAAAAUGUAUUUUUGUGAUUUA